CGGCUCUCUGCGCGCGGCGGGCCCGGAGGCGGCGGGCUCCGGGAGGCAGGGCGCGGGGACCCUCCGCUCCGUGCGCCUAGGGCGCAGCGGGCCGGCCGGCCGGGCGGCGGGGAGGGCGCGGCCCGGCCGUCCGGGGCUGAGUUGCGAGGCCCGGCGGGCUCCCAGCCCGCCCCGCCGCGGGGAGUCGCCGCGCUCGGCCCGGCACCGAGAAACUUUUGCAGCGCCGGGUCGGGCGGCGGCAGGAAGCGGGCGGGGCGGAGAGUCCCGCGGAGCCCGCGCCCCCUGCCGGCCCCCGCGCCGCCCCGCGCGCCCCUUCCGGACUGCCCGGCACCCGCGCCGGCCUCCGCCGCACCAUGAAGUUGAGCCGCCAGUUCACCGUGUUCGGCAGCGCGAUCUUCUGCGUGGUCAUCUUCUCGCUCUACCUGAUGCUGGACCGCGGCCACCUGGAUUACCCCAGGAGCCCGCGACUCGAGGGCUCCUUCCAGCAGGGCCAGCUCGUAAUGUUGCAACAAAAAAUAGACCACUUGGAGCGUUUACUAGCCGAGAAUAAUGAGAUCAUCUCAAACAUCAGAGACUCAGUGAUUAAUUUGAGCGAAUCAGUGGAAGAUGGUUCGAAAAGUUCACAAGGCAACUUCAGCCGAGGCGCAGGACCCCCACCUCAGCUGUCGAAGGCGCUGGGCCUCCCAGUGUCCCCUGAAGAGUGCUUGUUCGCCACCCAGAGCAACAGCCAGAGCCGAGAAGUGCAGAUGUUGAAUGUUUACAAUAUAAUUCCUUUUGACAAUCCAGAUGGCGGAGUUUGGAAGCAAGGAUUUGACAUUAGCUAUGACGGAAAUGAAUGGAACUCAUCUCCUCUUCAGGUGUUUGUGGUGCCUCAUUCUCAUAAUGACCCAGGUUGGUUGAGGACUUUCAAUGAGUACUUUAAUGAGAAGACUCAGUAUAUUUUUAAUAACAUGGUGACCAAGCUGCAAGAAGACUCACGGAGGAAAUUUAUUUGGGCUGAGAUCUCUUACCUUGCGAAGUGGUGGAGUACUGUAGAUGCCAGCAAGAAGGAUGCUUUAAAAAGUUUACUAGCAAAUGGCCAGUUGGAAAUUGUGACAGGUGGCUGGGUUAUGUCUGAUGAAGCCACUGCACAUUAUUUUGCCAUAAUUGAUCAGCUUAUUGAAGGACAUCAGUGGCUGGAAAAAAAUCUUGGAGUGAAACCUCGAUCCGGUUGGGCUAUUGAUCCUUUUGGACAUUCACCAACAAUGGCUUAUCUUCUAAAACGUGCUGGAUUUUCUCGUAUGUUGAUCCAGAGAGUGCAUUAUGCAGUUAAAAAAUAUUUUGCUUUGCACAAAACACUGGAAUUUUUUUGGAGACAGAAUUGGGAUCUGGGCUCUGACACGGACAUAUUCUGCCACAUGAUGCCUUUCUACAGCUACGACAUCCCUCACACCUGCGGGCCAGACCCCAAGAUAUGCUGCCAGUUUGAUUUUAAACGGUUACCUGGAGGCAGGUUUGGUUGUCCCUGGGGAAUCCCCCCAGAAGCAAUAACUCAUCAAAAUGUCCAAAGCAGAGCUGAGCUCCUUCUAGACCAGUACCGAAAGAAAUCUAAACUUUUCCGCACUAACGUUGUCCUGGCACCCCUGGGGGAUGAUUUCCGCUACUGUGAACGCCGGGAAUGGGAUUCUCAGUACAAGAACUAUCAGAUGCUAUUUGACUACAUGAAUUCUCAACCUGGGCUUAAUGUUAAGAUCCAGUUUGGGACUUUGUCUGAUUACUUUGAUGCCUUGAAUAAGGAAGAGAUAGAAAAUGCCAAGAAUAAGCCUGGCCUGUUCCCUGUGGCAAGUGGAGAUUUCUUCACAUACGCUGACCGAGAUGACCAUUACUGGAGUGGCUACUUCACCUCCAGGCCCUUUUACAAGCGAUUAGAUCGGAUAUUAGAGUCCCAUAUAAGGGCUGCUGAAAUUCUAUACUAUCUCGCCCUGAAGCAAGCUGAGAAAUAUGAGAUAAGUCAGUUUCUUUCAUCACCCCUUUACACGGCACUGACAGAAGCCAGAAGGAAUUUGGGACUAUUUCAACAUCAUGAUGCUAUAGCAGGAACCGCAAAGGACUGGGUGGUUGUGGAUUAUGGUACCAGGCUCUCUCAUUCAUUACUGGAUUUGAAGAAAAUAAUUGGACAUUCGACCCUGCUUCUUCUUUUGAAAGAUAAACGCUCAUAUGACUUAUUCUCUUUUGAUACCCUCCUAGAAAUGGAUUUGAAACAAAACAAGGACGACUUACAACCACAACAAAAGAUUGUAACUCUGAAUGGCAAACCACGGCAUCUGGUGGUCUGUAAUCCUUCAGAACAAGACCGAAACUCAGUAGUCUCAGUCUUUGUGAGUUCCCCCAAUGUCCAGGUGAUGUCUGCAUUAGGGACACCUGUGGAAAUUCAAAUCAGCGCAGUGUGGGACAAAGCAGAUACUUUUUCAGAAGCAGCUUACGAGGUCACUUUUCUAGCAAAAUUACCACCAUUGGGAUUGAAAGUAUAUAAAAUUUUGGAAUCAACAAGUUCAAAUCCUCAUUUAUCUGAAUAUGCCUUGUUUAAUUAUGGUGACAUAAAAGAUACAGGAAUUUUCAACAUUAAGAAUAUGAAAAGUGCCAAAGAAGAUAUAACUUUAGAGAACUCCUUUAUUAAACUUCGAUUUAACCAGUCUGGGCUUAUGGAGGAAAUGAUAAAUAAAGAAGAUGGUAAACCUCAUCAAGUAAAAGUGCAAUUUUCAUGGUAUGGAACCACUAGUAAAAGAGACAAGAGUGGUGCUUACCUCUUCUUACCUGACGGGGAAUCCAAGCCUUAUGAGUACAGAACACCACCCUUGGUCAGGGUGCAGCAUGGACGUAUUUUCUCAGAUGUGACCUGCUUUUUUGAACAUAUCACACAUAGAGUCCGCCUGUACCACAUAAAGGGGAUAGAAGGACAAUCUGUGGAAGUUUCCAAUACUGUGGACAUUCGGAAAAAAUCUAACUAUGAAAUUGCAAUGAAAAUUUCUUCUCGAAUAAACAGUCAAAACAGAUUUUAUACUGACCUAAAUGGAUACCAGAUUCAGCCUAGAAUGACAUUGAGCAAGUUGCCUCUUCAAGCCAACGUGUACCCCAUGACCACAAUGGCCUACAUCCAGGAUGCCGAGCACCGCCUGACGCUGCACUCCGCCCAGUCUCUCGGUGUCUCCAGUUUGACAAGUGGUCAGAUUGAAGUGAUCAUGGAUCGAAGACUGAUGCAGGACGAUAACCGUGGCCUUGAACAAGGGGUCCUUGAUAACAAGAUCACAGAAAGUUUGUUUCGAAUUCUACUUGAAAAGAGAACUGCUGUGAAUAUGGAGGAAGAGAAGCACCCAGUCAGUUACCCGUCCCUCCUAAGCCAUCUGACCAACUAUUUCCUGAAUCAUCCCAUCUUCCCAAUGACAGAGAAAGUCUACAUGCCCACCCUUCACCUGCUGGACGGAUUCUUUCCAUUGAAGUCACCUUUGCCUUGUGACAUUCACCUGGUUAAUCUGAGAACAAUACAGCCAAAGGGUGACGGCCAGCACCCCGAUGAGGCAGCUUUGAUCCUGCACAGGAGGGGCUUCGACUGCCGCUUCUCCAGCAAGAACACAGGGCUGUCAUGCUCCACCAGCAAGGGCAAGAUUGUGGUCCAGACCCUUUUCAGCAAGUUUACUGUUGAGAGUCUCGUACCUUCAUCGUUAUCCUUGAUGUUCUCCCCUCCCAACGCCCGCAACAUAAGUGAGAUCAGCUUAAGUCCCAUGGAAAUCAGCACAUUCCGAAUCCGGUUGAGGUGAACCUGGCUUUCCUUUCUGGACUGGGAAGCAUUGGCUUUUAGAUGUUUCUCGAUUUGGCAUGCAAUAAGGAAGUGCAUUAUUUUAGCCUCUGGCUACUAUGAUUAACAGAAAUUCUGUUCCUUUUUUUCAACCAAUAUGGUAAGAAAGAAAAAGAAAAAAGCCAUGCUAUAAUUAUGCCAGUUUUUUUCCUUUCAAUUUCCUCCGUGAACAACCACCAUCAGUAUGAAUCGAUGCAACAGAUGAAGAAAUGAAUAAAGACAACCUUUCAACAGAUUGUAUCUCAGGUUAACGCUCAAUAAUUAUAUCUGUGUUGGAGGUUGUAAAGAGAUUGUUCUAAGUAGUCAUGUUGCUGAUACUUCACUGCUUUUUAAAAAUUCCCAUUUUUUUACUAAAAUGGAAUAAAGAAGCUGGUGGGUAAUAAGUAGCUAAUGGCCAAAAUAAUUGCAAUCUUUCAAACAUGUUAGGAAAAUUUGUGUGCCGAAAUAUGUGGAAAAGUGCAAUCUGUCACCCCUACUAUGGGACUAACUUGAUUUUUCUACUAUACCACUUGCCCCAUCCUGCCCUUUGUAUGUAUUUCCAGAAGUAACAGAUUCUGAAUCAUUAAAGAGUAGUAAAAGAGAACUAUUUUCAUUACUUGAUCACAUGGGAUAGGUGCAAUUCAUUCCAUUGCCACUGAAACCGUAGGAGCGAUUCCACGGGCGCCAAGACCUCUUCCAGGCACCCCCAUGGUGUCUUUUUACACAGCUCAUUUGAAUACAGAUGUUCUGAGAAGGGGUUUUCUAUUUUUAAAUUACCAUAUCAGAAUAAAUGUGCCUUAUUUUUUUAUAAGUCUUGUUAAGUCCUUCGGUGUCCAUAUUACUGUUUGGGUCAAGAGGGGUUGUCAGGAGUGGGGGGCUGGGUACUUUCUAUGACACAUAAAUUGUAUCAUUUUCACCUGACAAUGCUGGCCACCUUCUAAUCUGUUUCAUUAAGUUUGUAGUGAUGUCACCGUAUACAUUUUGACUAUUUGAAUGUACUGAGAUGUCAGAAAACAAAACAAGGAAGGAAAAUAUCAUCAAUGAGAUAAGCUACUGCCAAGGAGCCGGCAGCUGGAAGCUGGGAUUCUGGGACAUCAGAGCCCUCAUGGUUUCUGAAGGAGAGAAUGCUUUAAAUUUGACCCUGCUGGAAACUCACUUCUUUGUAAUCCAUCAUGAUUUUUUUUAGUGUGUUUGUCCUGAGUUCUGAACUCCCCUGUGUGCUGACCUCAGUGAAGUCUAACCUAUGUGCCAUUACAGUUCUUCUGAUGUAUUGGUUGGGGAUCAUUGCUAACUGAUAGUACUAGAAGCUUCAUUAGUAUCAUUCCAAACUUUCAGCUUUAACUGAAAGAGGAUUCUUUAAGUACAGACUCUAGAAAAUUAGCCGUUAAUCCAUAGGUUUAGUAUUAGAUGACUUUCAAAUUUCUGCUGUCUCUUAUUCCAGCAUCUUUAUGAAGAACUUUAUACACCUUGUCUUUCAUACGUGUUCUGCUGCUCAUCUGAAUUUUCAGUCAAGAUGCAGCUCCUAAGAUUAUUGGAAAGUUGCAUUAAAUUUAUAGAUUUCUUUUGCCUUUAAUAACUAAAGAAACAAUACCAGUGUUGAUAAAGAUAUUAUAAGGGAAUAAUUUCAUGCAAUAAACAUGUACUGUAAGUUUCUGUCCUCCUUUUGGAGGGGAAUAAACAACUACAGAAGAGAAAAAAAGCUUCCUUUUCUUGGACAUCUACAGAUGUCAGGAUUGCCAGAAGCAAAUCCCAGGAAUAAGAUCACUAUUUGCAUCUUAACUAUAAAACUUUCCUCUGGACAUUCCCUAUGGUCCGUGGUUAAGUGAGUAUGUUUCAUCAUCCUGGAAGUUCUGAUCAUUUGGAAUCCAGUAUCGCUGCAAUAACAGUGACGUUGCCACUUGACAUUGUUUGAGCCGGGUCUGUCUGUCCCUAGUCAGUCAGGAUCUUCAUCAGUGUGUGUUUGCCACCAGCUAUAGCAGAAAAUCUCUUUACCAGCAAGUUUCUGCUUUUUUAUUUUUAGGAUAAAUCAGGGAAAUGAAGAGAGGAUGCUUUUGCUUUGGGUUGUGGUCAAGAACUGAUUAAAUAAUUUAGUGUCUCCAGCUCACACUGAAAACCAUACACUUGGAGUGGUGAUCUCUGUGGCCUACUUGUUUGCUUAGGUUUCAUUACAUUUAUUAUCACAAAUAUUUCUGUUGACCAAGUAGCACAUUAACCUCUCCUCUAUUUUUUUUCCACUUGGGCUUUCAACUGCACUGUUUGAGAACAGAGCAUCCUUCUUUUAUACAAAUACUGAUUUAAAAUAAAAUGCUGUAAAUGUGUUGUAAAACAUUGUAAUUACCUUCCUAUGUCUUUGUUGUAUUUGUGCUGAAAUGUUUUCACAUUCCUUUAUCUGGAAGAAAAUCUUUGCUUUCAUUUUGAUUAUGUGCUUACCUUGGAACCAAUAGGUUUUGAUAUUUUCUCUUGGAAGAUUUUAUAUCUUUUUGGGAAUAUGUAAUAUAAAAUCUCUAAUAAAAUAUAAAUCUUACCAUGUG